CACCAUUCUCUGUUUCUCUCUCUAAUCUUUCAUCACCAUGACGUGCAGAUUAGAAAUACGUGUCGUUGACGACUCACUUCCUUCAGUGAAUUGUUAAUUCUGUCGGAUUUCUUCGACUUACAUUUAACCCCGUCAAAGAAUGGCAUUGGGUUCUUUACUCGUCACCUCUAUUAAAACCCAAGCCAAUACCAUUACUUCUCUUCACCGAAGUUUCAGAGCAAGAGAGAAAUGGGUUCCUAUGGUUUGAUGGCAGAGACCAAGUCACAUGCUGUAUGCAUCCCUUACCCAGCUCAGGGUCACAUAAACCGUAUGCUCCAGUUAGCCAAGCUCCUCCACCACAAGGGCUUCCACAUCACCUUCGUCAACACCGAAUACAACCACAGGCGCCUCCUCAACUCCCCAGGCCCCAACGCCCUCGACGGCCUCCCUUCUUUUCAGUUCAAGACCAUCCCCGAUGGGGUCCCUCCUACCGACACAAAUUCCACGCAGGACAUACCGGCACUGUGCCAGUCCACCAGGAAGUACUGCCUCCCGCACUUCAGGGAGCUUCUUGGGAAGCUGAACUCUGAGGCGGACUCGCCGCCGGUGAGCUGCGUGGUUUCUGAUGGAGUCAUGAGCUUCACUCUUGAUGCGGCCGAGGAACUUGGGGUGCCGGGUUACACUCUUGAAGUGUCGUGGCCACAAGGAUGUGCGUCUGCUGGUUUGAUGUUUGGGUUGCUGAUUUGUAAUUCUUUGGACCCAGCACACGCUGAAGCAGCUCAUAAGACUGAUGAUAAGGAAGAUGAUGGUGAUUUGUCAUAUUCACAUGGAAAAAAAGUUUAUACUGAUUAUUCCAUUAUUGGAAUACCUGGAGAUGGAAGGUGCAUGUUCCGUUCUGUUGCUCAUGGCGCUUGUUUACGAGCUGGAAAAUCAGUUCCUAGUCCAAGCCUUCAGAGAGAAUUAGCAGAUGACUUGAGAGCUAGAGUUGCAGAUGAGUUUAUCAAAAGGAGAGAAGAGACAGAAGGGUUUGUUGAAGGUGAUUUUGACACAUAUGUCUCCCACAUAAGAAAGCCACAUGUAUGGGGAGGCGAGCCCGAAUUGUCAAUGGCUUCACAUGUUCUUGAAAUGCCGAUCACAGUAUACAUGUAUGAUGAAAAGGCUGGCGGCCUGAUAACCAUUGCUGGGUAUGGGCGGCAAGAAUAUGGGAAGGAAAAUCCAAUCAGAGUUCUCUAUCAUGGUUUUGGCCAUUAUGAUGCAUUGCAAAUUCCGGGGAAGAGUGGUGGUAAAUCUAAGCUUUAACACAUGUAUUUAACAAAGUUGGAAGAAUACCCAUUAAUAAUAUCCAACAACCAACAUAGUUGCCUUGCAA